ACAGACCCCCCUUCAUCCAGUGAGGGAACCCUUGGCCUUACUUUUAGUCUUAACCAAACAUUUACAUCAGAUCUCUCCGACUCAUCCUCAACAGCAUACAAGACUCUCUCCGCAACAGUGAUCAAAGAGGUAAACAAAGUGGGUAAAAACCUCUAUGGAUCAUCUUUUGAACGCACCAUUGUUAACGGAUUCACGAGUGGAUCAGUGAUAGUCAACUCGACCCUUGUGUUCACAAAUCAAAGCUCAGUUCCUUCAGCUAGCGAUGCAAGUACACAAUUCAGCAGUGGUCUCUCAAGCUCCACCUCCCUGAAUAUUAUAGCAGGCAGCGUUUCUGCAGAGUCGACAACAACAUCAAGCAGUCCUCCUCGGCCCACAAUGGGCUCAUUGGCAGUCUUUUCACUAACAGUGCUGGCUGUGGCACAGAUGCUGAUAGACUUAUAACCAGCAGCCAAGGCAAUGACUUGGUACAAUAACUUUUACUGUGCUACCAAGUGUGGGAAAAAAGGAAUGUACCAAUGAAACAAAAAGCAGAAGACAUAAGUGUACAUGAUGAAAUUUACCAAGAAUUUAUGGAGAUGUGUGCUGUAUGUCAAAGAUUGAGAAAGUUUUCCAGUAUUUUCCACAUUUGAUGAUACAAUCACUUGUGUUUUUAUUCCAUUUUAUUUAAAGAACUGAUCAUUUAGAUUGUAAUAGAAGUAAUCAAAGAUACCAUAUUUGAUACUUUUUAUGCAUUUUUGUUGCAGAUGCCUUUUAUUGUAUUGAUUUUUUUAAUAUCCUUCUCUCUUUGCUAUUUUUCAUUUGGCUUGGUUGAAAAGAUCACAUUUAUAGAGGAUAAUGUACUAAGUAUUUAUUUCCGAUUGAAACCAUUGUAUGAUUCAGAAGGCCAUAUCUAAUGCAGUUAAUGUAGUGUGGUGCCAAAGCUAAUGGUGUGGAGCUAACAGGAUUUGAUGCUGAAAACUAAUAAUUCAUAUUACGUCUGAGACCAACCAUUGAUGUUGGAUAUAUUUAACUAUGAAGACGACCUUUCCCUAACCAUAACCAUGUCGGUAGCUUGACUUAAUGACACCACAACAACCAUGAAAAAUUGUUGCCAUUGAACAUUCAAAUAAGUUGCCAUACAACAUAAUGUUGGGUUUGACAGAAUUGUCCAGUAUCAAGUGAACAGUGUGGCAAGCAGAUUUCUGAAUAUGAGUUUAAAAAUGUCCAGGUACCAUCAUAAAAUUUAAGAAGAUUUGUAACUGAUUAUUACUUUGAAUUGUAUACCGGUUCUUUCUGUUUAUUUUUGAGGAGGGGAAUAAUAAUAAAUAUGUUUAUGUUAAUCAAUAAAAUAUUAAAUUGUUAAUAACCCAAUUGGUUUUUCAAAUUAUUUUUUUAUUUUUAUUGGUCAGUGAAAAGGAAGAUUUGAACAUU